AUGUCAGAGAACGUGAAGUACAUGGAUGAUGAACACAAGACCAUCUUCCUGAAGAUACUGAAUGAGCAACGGUUGGAGGGUGAACACUGCGACAUCGCGGUGGUGGUUGAAGAUGUGAAGUUCAGGGCCCACCGCUGUGUGUUGGCGGCGUGCAGCAACUACUUCAAAAAGCUGUUCAAGAAGCAUGAAGUCGACAACUCCUCAGUCAUAGAAAUCGACUUCAUCCGCUCAGACAUCUUCGAGGAGGUGUUGAACUACAUGUACACGGCCAAGAUUUCUGUGAAGAUAAAGGACGUGAAUUUGAUGAUGUCUUCGGGCCAGAUACUCGGAAUCCGUUUUCUGGACAAACUCUGUUCACAGAAGCGUGACAUGUCCACUGAAGAAAGGAACGGCCAAAAUGACAAACCCUUUCCCUGUGAUAUUCUCAAAAUGGCUCUCCCUACUGAUGACCCUACAUUGGGCCAGGAAAAUGACGUGCAGGUGCUAGGUGACCAUGACGACACUCCUACUGACGACCUUGUGGAAGAGCCAAUGACCAAUCACGACUUGGACAAAUUGCCCAACACGGCGUUGAGAGUGCAGGAGGCCAUUCUCAAAGAAUGGCCUCCUGUCAAUGAGGACGUGCACAAGGUGAGCUGUUACGAUCAGGACGUGGAACCCAUGGACACGGAGCCAAAAGACCUUGCGGGUCACACCACAACAACCUUAGCGUUCGCUGACAGCAUCGGCGAGGUGAAGGACGAGCAGCCCCCUGGGUGGACCACAGCCACGACGGACAUGAAGUUCGAGUACCUCCUCUAUGGCCACCGGGAACAGCUCGCCUGUCAGAUCUGUGGAAAGACCUUCAUCGACGAGAACCGUUUGAGGAAACACGAAAAGCUGCACUCGGCCGAACGUCCGUUCAUCUGUGAAAUCUGCAGCAAAGCCUUCACUACCCAGGCCCACCUGAAGGAGCACCUGAAGAUCCACACAGGCUUCAAGCCCUACCGCUGCGACGUGUGUGGCAAGUCCUUCAUCCGAGCGCCCGACCUCAAGAAGCAUGAGCGGGUCCACAGCAACGAGCGUCCCUUUGGCUGCCAGAUGUGCGACAAGGCCUUCAAGCACAAGUCCCACCUGAAGGACCACGAGAGGCGCCACAGGGGCGAGAAGCCCUUUGUCUGCGGCUCGUGCACCAAGGCCUUUGCCAAAGCCUCAGACCUAAAGAGACAUGAGAACAACAUGCACAGCGAGAGGAAGCAGAUGCCGCCCAGCGCCCUGCAGACCGAGACUGAACAGCUGCAGGCAGCAGCCAUGGCUGCUGAGGCCGAGCAACAACUGGAGUCCAUAGCAUGCUCAUAG